UCGAGUCUCAAUAUCUCAAGGCAGGAAAAUUCAUUAGGAUCGAAUUUUUUCCCAUCGUACUACUAUGACCAUGGGCUACCAGUGUGGCAAGUCUCAAGUCAAAAUUCGAAAGUCGGAUUUUGCUCGAAAUCCAAGCUCUAUAGGUAAAAACUGACUAAAAAUUCAAUAUCUUAGCAACAAAGCACUAUGGGGAUGAACCAACUUAUGGUAUUUCACUACUCACCUAGGUCUACAAGGUACAAGUAGUCCGAGUUCAAAAGCGAUUUAUAACCUCAAGAGGUUUCCUCGUGAGUCGUGUCGUGCCUGGUAUUGUUUCUGCCGAAUCAAGGCGAGUCGAGUCAAACCGAUUCGAACGCAAAACAAAAAAACUGCCGCUGGAUCAUAACUCUGGAAUCACUUGAGCUUUUAACUCAAAGCUUUUACUGUUUAUUAGUCUGGACAUGCUUGACAUGCUCUCUAUGUUUCAUCACAUGCUUGAAAGUUUUUUGAGAGUACUUUCUAGAGCAUAUUCUAACAUAAUUUACAUAAAAUUACGGAUUAGAAAGAAACUUAUUUUAUGACUAGAUUACUGAUAUGUUCGAUUGACUUACAGAAUGCCCUCUUAAAUGCUUUUGAAUUUUCUGUUAUUGUUUAUACCGUUUUUGUUGAUAGAAAGAAGACGACAGACAAGAACGAAGGUAAGAAAGUUGUAUUUUUAUUUUAAAAAUUCUUUCUAAUAUCCUUCUGACAAUAGUCUUCAGCCGUAUGGUAUUAAUUAUAAUGAUUCUUAUGCUGUUAAUAAUCCAAAAGUGUUCAAAGGUGAUGCACAUAUAAAUAAAACAAUAUUACAGUUUAUACAUUUUCACCAAACAUUACACAUGAAAUUUUCUUAUCAUUGUAUUCAAUAUAUCUUUAUUGUGUUAUUAUUCAGUUAUGUUAUGUUAUUUCAAUUUGAACCUCCAAUCGGUAAUAUACCAUCAAUACAUUGGACAGAAAUAUUAUUAAUUAUACUUAUUAGUUGUAUGAUGAUUGAAGAAUUUCGUUAUGUAUGUCUCUCUUUCUUUAUCUAUCGUGUGACCCAAAUCAAAUGGGAUACUUUUGUUCGUUGUUUUUGAGGCGCUGUCGAGUGGUUCAAAGAAUUUGUUACAACCUUAGCCGAUAGAAAAUUGAAUUCUCUGAUAGCAUUUUUCUCCUUUGAGCACCAUUCAAAACAUUGCAUGAUGCUGAGUUGAAAAAUAUUUACCUUCAAGUAUUUCCAAAGGAUAGAUCCAAAAACAAAUUCCGUAAGAGUUUUGAAAACAUCAGAAGAUGCACCAGAAUUUCUGUCUCUUCUCACAUAUUUUUCGGCAUUUUGCGGUUGAGCUUUCUAAGAAAAUUUCUCAGUGCAAAAAACUGAUAAAUCUAAAAAAGCUUAAUCUUUGAACCUAUUUUUCGUAUCCUUUAUUUUUUGAGCUAUAGAAACAGUAAAACGUUCUCAAUACAGGGUUUCAGUCUUACUAUCUUAAACAGAAUUAAAUUCUGCAUGUUUUGAUAUAUAAACAACGUUUCCAACUGGAACCAAUAAUUAAAAAAUUAAUAUAAUUUAAAAAAUUCAAAAGCCAGGUGAGAACUAAUUGUGAGUUUUAUUUCUUGGAAGACUUAACUGCAAAAUUUCGAAAACUGUGUGAGAAGAUGCAGAAGUUUCUGCAUCUGAUGUUCUUUUCUACAUUAGCUAUGAAGUCAGGAAAGACAGUUUCUUACGUAACUUGAUGAGCUCUACAAGACUACUAUUCAUCCCAAAAUACAAGACCCGGGGGCAUUUUUUUAAUAACUUUUGAUAGGAAUGAGACAGAGACCUGCGAUGUUCGCUGUUCAAUAGCCAAGACUUGAGCAAAACUUUUCACAAGCGGAGGCAACUUUUGAAAAAAUUCCAGAGGAUCUUUGGGAAACCAGCUCUGUUCUCAGAAAAUUAACAUACAAUGUUAGUAAUUCUUUUGCAUGCGUAGAUGGUCCGGACGUUACUGUACAAUAUUAUGCAAGUCCGGGCUCUCUAGCUAUCGUCGUUCAGACAGGGCUCGCUUUCCCCGAGCA